ACUCAAGCCUCAUACGGCCAAAUCCACAGGCAUGUAAGCUGCUAAAUAAUAAGAGUGGUGGCCUGAAAGAGAACUCGUUUUUUGCUUGCAUUAAUUGGAUGCUAUUUGGACUUCUGGAUCAAUCCCUUCCUCACAUUCUCAGCCACUUAUAGAAGAAGGGACCUCUCAGCUCUUCAGCAGGAUGAACAAAAUCAAGGUUACCUUUGAGAGUCUGGAGCUUUGGAGCCCAGGCCACAUGCUGAGCACCCCUCUGACCAGUGCAGCACCACCUUUUGCAUUUGGCCAGCAGAUGAUGGACAAAGCCCUGAAUGUGAUCCUUAUUGUGGCCCUCUUCGUCAUCAUGGUAGCUCUGGGGUGUACGAUGGAGAUAGCCAAGAUCACUACUCACCUCAGGAAACCCAAAGCCGUGGCAAUUGCUGUAAUGGCUCAGUAUGGCAUCAUGCCCUUGACAGCAUUUGCACUGGGCAAGCUCUUCCAGCUGGGUGCUACAGAAUCCCUGGCCAUCCUGGUCUGUGGCUGCUGCCCAGGAGGGAAUCUCUCCAACAUCUUUACUCUGGCACUGAGAGGGGACAUCAAUCUCAGCAUUGUAAUGACCACAUGCUCAAUGGUCCUAGCAACUGGACUAAUGCCUCUGCUUCUGUACCUCUACUCGGGAGGACUAUACGAGGGUGAUUUGGAGGGCAAGGUGCCUUACAAAGGAAUAAUCACCUCCCUGGUCCUAAUGCUAAUCCCUUGUGCCAUUGGCAUCAUCUUGAAUGAGAAGAAACCACAGUACACUGGCUUUAUCAUCAAGGCAGGGAUGGUUGUCCUUCUGCUGUCAUCUGCUGCAUUAAUUGUUCUGUCUGUGGCCAAUGUGGGAAGUGGUAUUACAGUCAUCUUGUCACCGUCCCUCUUGGGAUCUUCUGCCUUGAUGCCUUUUAUUGGAUUCCUGCUGGGCUAUGCUCUCUCCUCAGUCUUCAAGCUUAAUGACCGCUGCAGGCGGACAGUCUGUGUGGAAACUGGCUGCCAGAAUGUACAGCUGUGCUCAACUAUCCUCAAGGUCGCCUUUGCCCCAGAAACUAUUGGCCCCCUGUACUUCUUCCCACUGCUCUAUUUGCUGUUCCAGCUUGGAGAGGGACUUCUGAUGAUCCUCAUCUUCAGGAUCCAUGACAGAAUAAAGAAACCAAAUGAUGCAGCAAAAAUGAUCCGUACAGCUGUGGAUGCAGUUAGUGCUCAAGAAAUAAGAACAGUCGAGGCCCUGCAGAAAUAGUGGGAAGCCAGGGAAAAAACAGCCAGCCUCUGCAGCAGCUGCUCUUACAACCCUUCUGAGCUUCACCUCCUGCAGCCAAGUUACAGGUCCCCAGCACUUCCAUUUAAGACUUUUAUCCACAUCCUCACUUUACGCCAAAGGGAUGGCCAGAGCUACCUGCAAACUGUCACUUCCUGAAGACCUUCCUCCAGAAAAAUCCACUCCCUGCCUGCCCAUGAUGAAGACUUCCAGUGACUUCCAACUCUUUGAGACAGCUUAGGGCCACACUCACGUGUACUGCGUUUCGCCCAUAUGAAAAUGACUGCCCACAUCAGCUCCUGUUUUUAAUUUAACUUACCUGUAAUUGUUCCACUGGCACAUGUCAGAAGGAGCUCUCGAAGACACCACCGAAGAUUCUCUCACGAAGAUGCAAAAUGAGGUACAGAAGUUUCUCAGUGCAGGAACACAAAGACACACCAUGGAGCUGAGCAGCUCAUGGACUACUGGUUGCUCCAGUUUUCCAAAACUCAAGCACUGUGUGGUGGACCACAGACCUCCACAAAACCUGGCCAUGGUUAUGCAAACUGCCAUAGUGUGUAGAGUCUGGGACCAGCAAGCUGUAACUCUGCAAAUAGAAGGGUCUUAGAUGUGCCUUGCUUUGUAGGGGCCAGUGAAGUAAACAUGCCACCUCUGCAGGAAACCAUCUAUUGUCACGCUACAAAUACAAGUGUACGGGAAGAUCAGCAUUAACACCUCCCAACAUGCUAAACAUGCAUUAUAACCUGAAGUAAU